UCGACCUUGCGAACGCUCCAUUGUGCGCUUCGCCAUAUUCUUCGAUCGUGACAUUCGUGAUGCCCUAGCCCAAGUCCAGAAUGCCGAAGAACAAGCCCGCGGCGCGCGAUAGCGCUUCGUCUUCACGAAUCACCGACUCUCGAUUUGCCAGCUUUGAGAUAGACCCAAGAUACCAGCUGCCGUCCAAGAAGAACGUCAAGACAAAGCUCGAUAAGCGCUUCUCCCGCGUGCUCAAGGAUGCCGACUUUGUCGGCACUGCGAAGGUCGACCGCUAUGGCCGGAAGUUAAAGACAGACACCAAGAAGAAGGCUCUACAACGGUUGUACGAAGACGAAGAAGAAGACGGCGAAGACCUCCACCAUGUGGAGGAGGAUGCCGAGGUCGAAGACGACGACAUUGUCCGUCGCGAACUAGAUAAGGCCGACGCCGAGUACGAUCCGGCCCGUGGUGGUGGUUUCUCCUCGUCAGAGUCCGGCUCAGAUUCAGAUGGUGAGUCCGAGUCCGAAGAGGAGGCCGAUGAAGACGACGGAGUCGAGGAGUCGCGACCCGGCAUCCGACUGCGCAGGGAGAAACAGGAGGUUGAGGUGGGCGAGAUUACGAACCGAUUUGCCGUUGUCAACAUGGAUUGGGACCACAUCAAGUCCAUCGAUCUGAUGGCCUUGUUCUCGAGCUUUGUGCCCGCCGGCGGCCGCAUUGAGAAGGUAUCCAUAUACCCGAGCGAGUUUGGGAAGUCGAGGAUGCAGCGCGAGGAAGUGGAAGGUCCGCCUAGGGAGAUUUUCAGGAAGGGCAAGGAAUCGGACAACUCGGACAAUAAGGACGAGGAGGACGACGAGGAUUCCUCUGCAUCAGAAAGCGAAGAUGAUGAGGAUGCCACCGAGGACUCGGACGAGGAAGUGAAAAAGGAGCUGCUCCAAGAGGGCAAUGACCAAGAUUUUGACAGCGACGCGCUCCGCGCAUACCAGAUGGACCGGCUACGAUACUACUACGCGGUGGUGGUUUGUUCGGAUAAGAACACGGCGCACAAGAUCUACGAUGCAACGGACGGCAGUGAAUACUUGUCAUCCUCCAACUUCCUCGACCUGCGCUUUAUCCCCGAUGACGUAACCUUCGACGACGAGCCCAGAGACGAGUGCGACAGCGUGCCCUCUGGAUACAAACCAAUUGAAUUCGUCACCGACGCUUUGCAGCAUUCGAAGGUGAAGCUCACAUGGGACUUGCACCCGGAGGAGGUCUCGAGGAAGGAAACAAUCAAGAAGGCGUUUACAGGAAGCCGGGCAGACAUCGCAGAGAAUGAUUUGCGGGCGUAUUUGGCGAGUGACAGCGAGAGCGACGUGGAAGACCGGGCGGAAGCUCCCGCAGGAGACGAGAACGGCGAAGAGGCGCCGCUCAGCAAAAAGGAGCUCGCCAGGCGCAAGAUGCGAGCGGCGCUUGGCCUCAGCGAUGAACCGGCCCCCAAGCCGUCAAAAUUAGCGCCUGUCGGGGAAAUGCAGAUUACAUUCACCCCUGCCCUGUCUGGGAAGCCGGAGAAGGAAGAGGGUGAAGAAACCACGAUCGAAAAGUACAAGCGCAAAGAGAAGGAGCGGAAAGAACGGAAGCGAAUCAAGGCACUCGCCAAGAGGGAAGGUCUUGAUGCUGAGGCGGUCGAGCAGGAACCUACCAAGGGGACUGCUGUGGAGGUUGCUGAGGACCUCGGUUUCGACGACCCAUUCUUCACGUCCGAACCAGUUCAGCCUUCCAAAUCAGCGAUGCGCAAGGAGGAGAGGCUCAAGAAGCGUGCCGCCAGAGAACGGGAGGAAGCCGAGAAUGCUGCUCAGAAAGCACAGCUUGAACUCCUCAUGGCUGACGAAAAUGGAGGUGGCGAACACCUCGACCACUUUGACAUGAAAGAGAUUGUCCGGGCAGAGAAGCAAAAAGGGAAGAAGAAGAAGGGCAAGAAGGGUACCGUGGAACAGGGCGGCCUGCAAGAGGACUUCCACAUGGACGUCGAAGAUUCUCGGUUCAAGGCCGUGUUUGAGAACCACGAGUUCGCCAUCGACCCGUCGAACCCCAAGUACAAGGCAACGCAGGGCAUGAAGAAGCUGCUGGAGGAGGGCAGGAAGAAGCGGAAGGGCGCGCCGGAAGAGCAGAGCCAAAGGAGCUCCAAGAAGGCCAAAGAAGAUAUCGGAGAGCUCAGCAGUCUGGUAGACGCUGUGAAGAAGAAGACCAAAGCGAAGAGGUAGCGCCAGUUUAUACGGCUAUUGACUUUCACAUCACCUAACUACCAUGAUGGAUUCCCUGCCUGACAAUUCCCAAAGCGGUCAAGCGUUUAAGGGGCAGCCCUGUCGACUCGCCCACACAAAAACUAUCUCCACUUGGCGCAUUGUUUCCGUUCCCAUCCCAAAACAUCGCAAGAUGUCGCGUGCUACGCUCGCCUAGGAAUUGAGCACAGGAAAACGACUGCCCGGGC